AUGACCGGAAAUAAUACCAAUGGGAGCGGUUUGCAUCCAUUCGCGUUAUAUCGACUCUACGCCUGGACUAUUAGACGAAUUGCGGAAAGAGGUCAACUCUUACAUGUCUUUGUCUACGGCAGUUUACCCACCGCAAAUCACCGCGUUCGGCUUUCCCGCCUGAGCCACGAGUGUCCACUUCCGGAGUCAUCCCUCUUGGAGAUUUUUAGGCUGGUUGAAGAACUAACAUCCAUUCGAAAUGCGUCAAAGCCUAUGAAGGUGCCGGAUGGCAACUAUGAGCACCAUCUCAAGCUGGGAACCUGGCUUUCAACACCUCAAACCCUUCUCCAAUCCGAUACAUCAAUCUUUCCCGACCCCAGCACAUUUAUUCCAGAUAGGUUCAUUGAAACAGAUAAAGAGACUGGCUCCCGAGUCGCCCGAUACGGAGAACUUGAACCAUGGGGAUCUGGAUCAGCAGUAUGCAGGGGAAGGACGUUUGCCGAGAAAGAAUUCAUGGACAUUGCUGCUUGCUUCAUCACAUUGUGGGAUAUGGAAAAAAUGCCAAAGGCUCAUGGAAGCUCCCGGGUAUGA